AUGUCUCAUAACCUCAUUGGAAGCCACAUUGACGGUCCUCCGGCCGCCAACACCCACAAUGCCAGCGCAAACGGCUUUCAGCGUGGAAGCACUCAACAGCAGCGUUCUAACUUGCAAUCGACGCCAGCUGACGAGCUGCAUGACCUCGUCUGCGUUGGUUUCGGCCCCGCGAGUCUUGCCAUUGCAGUGGCACUUCACGAUGCGAUCGAGAGUGGCAGGCUCCCGCGGUCAAGGGCCCCCAAGAUUCUGUUCCUGGAGAAGCAGCGCAAGUUUGCCUGGCACGCCGGUAUGCUUCUACCUGGCGCCAAGAUGCAGAUCUCCUUCAUCAAGGACAUGGCAUCUCUACGCGACCCGCGAUCGCACUUUACAUUCCUAAACUUCCUCCACCAGCGCGGGCGCCUGAUUGAUUUCACCAACCUGAGCACUUUCCUCCCGGCUCGCUCCGAGUAUGAAGAGUAUCUGAGAUGGUGUGCGAACCACUUCGGAGAUGUUGUCCGCUACGGGCAAGAGGCCGUCUCCGUGUCACCAGUGUCGGCCACUCAAAACGGAAACCCAGUCUCGCAGUUCACUGUGAGCUCGAGAGACGUUGUGACUGGUAAAAUCUCGACAUUCCGCUCCAAGAAUGUGGUGUUGGCCCUUGGUGGUCAGGCAAACAUCCCCAAGUCGCUGCCCGCCCAGCACCCGCGCGUCAUUCACUCUUCGCAGUAUGCGCACAUGGUGCCCAAGAUUCUCAACAGGAAGGAUGCGCCGUACCGGGUCGCCGUGAUUGGUGGUGGCCAGAGUGCUGCCGAGAUUUUCAACAAUGUGCAAAACCUGUACCCCAACUCGAGCACAUCCUUGAUUAUGCGAUCCGAGUUCCUCAAGCCUAGUGACGACUCUCCCUUCGUCAACUCGAUCUUCAACCCCGAGUUUAUCGAUAACCUAUACCCCCGAUCCGCCGAGAACCGAAAGUCUCUCAUCGCCGACGCACGCGCUACCAACUAUGGUGUCGUGCGCCUGGAGCUUAUUGAGCACCUAUACGAGAAGAUGUACGAGCAGCGUCGCGAAUUCGGUCCCGAUGAGAGCAAGUGGCCACACCGUAUUCUGGGUGCCACCGACAUUGUUGGCGUCAGCUCCGACGAUACCAACCAGGAGAAGCUCCGACUUCAAGUCCGCAACCUGCGCGAGCAAAGCGACUACGUGCUCGAUGUUGAUUUGAUCAUUGCCGCGACUGGAUACAAGAGAACCGGCCACCUCACCAUGUUGGACGAGGGUGUCUCCAAGCUCCUUCCCGACGUUGCCAAGGGAUCGACCGAGGUGAAGAUGGACGUCAAGACCCCAUACUCGGGUAUUGAACAAAAGAACGUCCAAGUUGCUCGCGACUACAGCCUGCAAUUCGCUCCUGGCAAGGUUGCGCGUGGCUCAGGAAUCUGGCUGCAGGGCUGCAACGAGAGCACACACGGUUUGAGCGACACCCUUUUGUCUGUGCUUGCCUGCCGUUCGGACGAGAUCAUCAACUCCAUCUUUGGUGCCGGCUUCCCCAAGACGAUGGCUAAGCUAUAA